AUGUCUGACUACGGUGAUGAGGGCGGCUACGGCCAAGACGAAGCCGAUGAGACCUUCUACGAGCCAGAAGAAACCGUCGAGGAGUUUGCCCCCGACGUCGAAAUCGAUGAGGCCGCGAUCGAGGACCGAGCAAAUGCGGAGGAUGGGGACGAGCGAACUGUGGUGACCGGUGAUCCGAACCAGAACGUUCAGAAGCCGUCAAGCGAUGCGGACAAGAAAAUCCCGGACGACAAGAGGAGCACUACUCCAUACAUGACAAAAUACGAGCGAGCGCGAGUUUUGGGUACGCGAGCUCUGCAGAUCAGCAUGAAUGCGCCCGUUCUGGUCGAUCUGGAAGGCGAGACCGACCCCUUACAGAUUGCGAUCAAGGAGUUGAACCAGAAGAAGAUUCCACUUGUGGUCCGCCGCUAUCUACCUGAUGGAUGGUACGAAGACUGGACUUGCGAAGAAUUGCUGUGA